CCCAUGCAACGGCUGUCCUGUACAUCCCCCAAUUCGCUCCCUUAGGUACGCAGAACAACACAAUUAGCAAUACUCACCAUGAUGCAUGUACACGGGACUAUAGCUUUUCGGGCUGCCACAGGGUGCAUACCUGUACCAACGUCAUCGGGCCAUAGGCCCAAGGCUGCUGCCGGCAGCUUCAGGCCUCGUAGAGCCUCUAGCAUUUGUGCAUCUGACCCAGGGCCCGCCGCCAGAGGUGCCCCAACUACCUCAACUACCACAACAGAGGGCCAACUGCCUCAACCACCAGCACCCCAGCAAAAGCAGCAGCAGCAGCAGCAACUCCGGCGCCGCCCAGAGGAACAGGAUGAGGCGGGUGACGGCCGGCAACGCGACCUGUUUGUUCCCGUCAUGGUGGCGGUGGCGCUUGCUGGCUACGCGCUGACGGCGCUGCUUGCGGUGCUGGAGCAGUGAGUGGAGCGGGAGGGGGGUCAAAGACCAUACCAAACCAUAGGAGACCACAAGUUAGGGCAAAACAAUGGGG